CGGAGCCCUCUUGGAUUAUCAUCUCCUAUCGCAGCAUUGGCUGGUGCGACGCAGCCAUCCAUCCCCCCACACUUCGUCAUGGCGCCCAUCACCUCCAUAGCAAUGCCCAGACAAAACAGGAGAAGCUUACCCCCGCCUCAGCACGCUUUAAUGGUCACGCCGCCCGACCACCACCACCACCACUGGUUUCUUAUACAAAGCUCCUCCCCCCGCGGCAUCCUCACUUGGACAUGUGGAGUGAUGGGAGCGUGACAAGAACAGAUUACGGAGAAGGAGACGACAUCCCCGAACGGCGCGCGAGACAUCCACCCGUUAACCGCCGUACCCAACGGAGGGACCUCUGGGAGGGCGGCGAAAGCCUCAGCUCGAUCCGCUCGACUAUGACCAGGGAGCUCAACGCCAUGGUCGUCUCCGGCUCCAACGCGCAGCAGAACGGCAGCAGUCAGUUUGGUAACGAGAGCAGCAACGGAGGAGGCGAGCAACCAGGGGAGGAGACGGCGGCGGCGGCGGCGGCGGAGACGAACCCGCUCGCCAUCGUGCUGACCUACCCGAUCCCGUCGCCAGGGCAUCAGUCGCCGCACGCCGGCGCGGGGGAGGAACGGUUGCCGCCGGUGCACGUGGUGAGGAGGGAGGAGGUGGAGUCGAAGGUGGCCGCUUGGCAGACGGCGGAGGUGGCGAAGAUCAACAACCGGUACAAGCGCGAGGAAGUGAUCAUCAACGGCUGGGAGAGUGAGGAGGUGGAGAAAGCCGCCGCUUGGUUGAAGAAAAUCGAGAGGAAGCUGGAUAAGCAGAAGGCGAGAGCCACGGAGACGAUGCGGAACGAGAUCGCAAAAGCACAACAGAAGGCAGCCGAGAAGAAGGCGUCGGCGGAGGCAAAGAGGGGGACGAAGGUGGGGAGGGUGUUGGAACUAGCCAACUUCAUGAGAGCUGUGGGCAGAGCUCCCUCCAAGCGCCCCUUCUUCUAGCUAGUUCCGAAUCCAACGGUUCACUUUUCAGCAAAAUUAAGUAAUUAAUCCCAUUGAUACUGCAUAUAUCGUUUGCUGUCCCAUUGAGCUCUAUCUGUUCGAUCGAGUGAUUUGAAUAAAUUCGUAGUGUGUUCUUCUUUGGGAGCAGCUCCCCAGGAGCAAAAGAAAGCAUUCCAUCAU